AUGCCAAUUGAACAAGUAGCCCCCGGACUUGAGCGCAUCCUGGAUUUGGACCAGGAAGUCGAAUGGUUGGCCAGCGGACUGGGAGGCGACGGUUCGGCCCUGGGCGUGCCCUGGUGGCCUGCCGAGGGUCCAGUGUGGUGGCAAGAAUCCGGCUACCUUCUGUUCAGCGACAUUGGUGGAAAUCGGCGGAUGCGAUUCAAUGAUGCGGAUGGACUGUCCGUAUUCCAGUCCGAUACCAACGAGGCCAACGGGUUGACCCGCGAUCCGCAGGGCCGAUUGCUGGCUUGCGAACACGCGGCGCGGCGCGUGACCAGGCAGGAAGCUGACGGCAGCGUCACGUUGGUCGCCAACUCCUAUCAGGGGAAACGACUGAACCGCCCGAAUGACCUGGUGGUCAAAUCCGAUGGCGCCAUCUACUUUACCGACCCAUAUCGGGACACCUACCCUGAUAUGCAGCUGGGUUUCGCUGGCGUAUAUCGCGUGUCCCCUGAUCUGAGCGAGGUCACGUUGCUGGUGGACGACUACGUUGGUCCAAAUGGACUUUGCUUCUCACCCGGCGAAUCCAUCCUAUUUAUCAACGAUUCAAGAAUCGGGUUGAUCAAGGCGUGGGACGUCAAACGCGAUGGGGGAAUCGAAAACGGCCGACUGUUCUGUGCCCUGGCCGACGAAAGACCCGGGGUCCCCGACGGGAUGAAAUGCGAUUUGGAAGGCAACCUGUAUUCGACCGGACCGGGCGGGGUCUGGAUCAUGGGACCUGGCGGCCGCCAUCUCGGCACCAUCGCCCUGGGCGGAGGGAAACGCGCCACCAACGUUGGAUUCGGCGGUGGCGAUUGGCGAACCCUUUACAUAACCACCUUCGAAGAGUUGUGUCGGGUAAGCGUUAAUAUCCCGGGCGUCCCCGUACCGCGAACCAUCUGA